AUGUCAAAGAAUGGUCGUUCUCCAUAUUCGAAAUCUGCGGCUAGCCAACCGAUCGACUCAAUUGGAUCAGCUAAUAUUGAUGCUUCCAAACUUCGAAUUGAGAACUCUAACGCACCAAAGACGAAAUCGCCUCCAUCUGAAUUGAACUUUGGACAAACUUUUACAGAUCACAUGUUGGUCUUGAAUUGGUCACAAGACGCUGGUUGGAGUGACCCAUUGAUUCAACCGUAUCAACCAUUGGUUCUCGAUCCUUCAGCUACCGUAUUUCACUACGCACCAAGUUUAUUUGAAGGUAUGAAGGCUUACAAGGGCGCCGAUGGACAAAUUCGACUUUUUCGACCUGACAAAAAUAUGGCACGCAUGAAUACUAGUGCUGAACGUCUUGCCUUUCCUGCAUUUGACGGCGCAGAAUUAAUUAAACUCAUCAAAUCUCUUGUGAAACUUGAUUCUGAUUGGAUACCCACUGAACCCGGAUAUUCACUUUACAUCCGUCCCACAAUGAUCGGAACCCAGGUAGGACUUGGGGUAGGACCAUCAACAAACGUAAUGCUGUACGUGAUUUGCUCGCCUGUUGGACCUUACUACAAGACUGGUUUCAAACCUGUCAGCCUAUUAGCUUCAACGAAAUACGUUCGAGCUUGGCCUGGUGGAACGGGUGCCUAUAAGCUUGGUGCCAAUUAUGCAACUGGUGUGGUACCUCAAGUUCAAGCCGCAUCUGAUGGUUAUCAACAAAUUUUAUGGCUUUUUGGAGACGAUCAUGAACUUACGGAAGUUGGAACGAUGAAUCUGUUCCUUGCAAUCGAGCAGGAUGAUGGUAAGCUUGAGGUGAUUACUCCACCUUUGGACGACAAAAUCUUACCAGGAAUCACGCGAGAUUCGGUUCUAUCCCUUUUACGAGGUCAUGCGGAUGGCACAGCAUCACUUGAUGGUCUCUCUAAAGAUUUGGUGAUCUCAGAGCGUAAAAUUUGUAUGUCUGAAGUCAUUGAAGCUUCACGUAAAUCCAAACUUCGAGAAGUCUUCGGUGCAGGCACAGCAGCUAUUGUUUGUUCGGUCGACCGGAUCGGAUAUGAAGGAAAAGACAUCUCGAUUCCUGUUGGAUCACAAGGCUUGGGUGACAUCGCAGCUAUUGUACAAAGAGAAAUUCUUGGACGUCAAACGGGUGUGAUUCCAAGUGAAUGGAGUGUAGUCGCCUAA